AUGGCUACAUAGAUCAUGAAGUGUGUGAUAUUGAAAUGGAUUGGGAUAGUUUAGGAUAUACUGUAAAAUCUCAACAGGAAGAGACAGACGGUCAAUGGGCUCCUACAACAUGGCGAGAUUUACAAUUGGCAUUAGGUGCUGAAUUGGCAGCUGAAAUACGAAAGGAAGUAAAUAAGCCAAAUAAACAGGUAUACAUACAUACAUACAAUACUGUAAUUCUAAUAAUUAAACAAUGGUGAUGAUAAUAGACGAUAUUAAGAGAAUCUGCAAGAUUGGAUUUUAUGCGUGAUAUUCCAUUCACGAAAAUAAGAAACUUUGGUGGAAAAUUAGGUAAUGAAGUAGGAUCUGAAUUUGAAAUACUAAAAUCGAGUGAGUUAUGGCAGUUUAGCAUUGAAGACUUUCAAAAAAAAUUUGGUGAAUCUACAGGCAUUUAUUUAUAUAAUAUAUGUCGUGGUAUAGACAAUGAAGAAGUGAGUCCAACGAAAGCACCAAAAUCAAUGAUGGCAGCUAAAUCUUUUAAUCCUUCUAUCAAAACUCCCCAAGAAAUGGAAAAGUGGUUUAGUAUUCUGGCAGCUGAAUUACGAAACCGUAUUAUGCGGCAUUUUGAAGAGUAUGGAACAUGGCCCAAAACAAUAACAAUAAGAUAUGCAUCAAUUCAUCAUAGAUCCUACCGUUCAAAAUCUUUACGUUCAUUCUCUCAAAGUGAACUUAAAACACCUGAAAUAAUUGCAAAACGGUGUGGUCAAUUAUUUAAUUCUUUAGGAGAUGGAUAUCCUUGUAUUGGCCUUGAUUUUUGCGCUUCUAAUUUUAGUUCAUCUACAUCAUCCUAUCGUAUUAAUCAAUUCUUUACAAAGACAAACAAGCCUAUCCAUGACAGUAGUAGUCCUUCAGUCAUGAAUACAAUAGAUACUAAGAAGAAAGGAGGAUUGUUUUCUUAUUUGGCUAAUACUGGUCAUAAAACAAAUGAGGAUAAUGAUAGCUUUCUGUGUGAAAAAUGCAAUAAAAGAAUUCAUAUUACAGCUAUUGAAGAACAUUCAGAUUAUCAUUUUGCGUUAACGUUGAUGGAUGAAGAAAAAAAUGAAUCAUCAAAAAGGAGAGAAAAUAGAGAUGAAGAAGAAAAAAGUAUAAAGAAGAAGCAAAAAAAGACAUUAUUCUUUCAGUCAAAAAACACAACAUCGUCCUAAUCUAUUCUUUUUAUUUAUUUAAAUACAUAUUACUUGAA